AUGCAAGCUGAUAAUAAUGCGAAAUCUCAUAAACGUAAACAACUGUCUAUAGCUACAUACAUUCCAAAAAAAAUGACAGUUGAUAUGAAAAAAGAUAUAGAUCAGUCACUUUUAAAUUUAUUCACAAAAGAUUACCAACCUUUUAAAUUAGUUGAGGACAAGGGUUUUAAACAGUUCGUUAAAAUGUUGAACCCCAAUUAUACACUUCCUAAUCGCCAUUCAAUCUCCAAACAAUAUAUUCCAGCCUUGUAUGAAAAGCGAUUGAGAGAAGUUAAAGAGUUAGUAGUACAGGAAGCAAAACAUGUGUGUUUAACAACCGACUGUUGGACAUCUCGAAACAACGAAAGUUUUAUGGCCAUCACAAUACAUUUUGUUGAUUCAAAUUUUAGUUUACAGUCGAUUCUCAUAAGUUGUUCUUCUUUUAAUGAAAACCAUACUGCCAUAAAUUUGAGUGAACAAAUCCAAAAAACUAUUGAUGAAUGGCAACUUGAAGGCAAAAUAAAGUUAGCUGUCUCGGACAAUGCUACUAAUAUCAAAAAUGCAUUAGGUUUACUUAAACUUAAACACUUAGGAUGCUUUGCUCAUACCUUAAAUUUGAUUGUUCAAUCAGCUCUUACUUUAGAAAACGAACUUAUUGAUAAAGUUAAGACCAUUGUCACAUAUUUUCGUAGAAGUACAGUAGCCAAUAAUAAACUCAAAACUUAUCAAAUAAAUAAUGGGAUAGAUAAACCUAAAAAAUUACUCCAAGAUGUCCAGACUAGGUGGAAUUCUACGUAUUAUAUGUUUAAUCGUUUUAUUGAACUAGAAAAUCCUAUAAGGGGGACAUUAGGUUUGCUUGAUAAGGCACCUCAAACCUUAAACAGUGAUGAAUGGUCUAUAAUAAAAGAAUUGUGUACUGUACUCAGACCUUUUGAAGAGGCUACUAGAGCAGUCAGUGGUGAAUCAUACAUGACUGCAUCUAUAGUCAUAGUAUUAACUCAAGGCUUAUUAAAUGCAUGCAAAAAGUUGCAUACAAUGGAAUUUAAUGAAAGGACACUGAUGAUUAUCAAACAACUAUUAGAGAACAUGGAAAAACGAGACGCAUGGAAAAACGUUGAUAAAAAAAGAUCGAAUCAACUGGAUGAACAAAAUCAAGACCAACCUGAUUAUAUAAGUAUAGACAACCCAUCCACAUCAAAUAGCCCAUCGAUUUGGGAAACUAUUGACACGAGCAUAGCCAAAUUAAUACCUUCAGGUACAUCUAAGUCGCGUGCAAUAAUUGAGGUACAAAGGUACCUAGAAGAUGGUAUGCUAAAAAGAAAUAUGGAUCCUCUUAAAUGGUGGCAAGAACAUAAGUAUAACUAUCCAUACUUACAUAUUUUGGCUAAGCAAACUUUAUGUUGCCUUGGUACUUCAGUUCCUUGUGAACGUAUUUUUUCAAAAGCAGGACUUAUUUUGAACGAUCGUCGUUGUAGACUUAAAAGUGAAAAAGUAGAAAUGUUGUUGUUUUUGAAUUAUAAUUCAACAUGA